UGGUCCCGGAUCCCAAGGUAAAACAGGGCAUCAAUGCUGGAAAUAUGUACUUAUAUAUGGCUGUGGCCUGUAGGAGGUUGGAAUCGUCUGCCGCUAUAUCAUCCGGUGCUUGCCAGCUCAUCGUGCAGGAAUUAUGUGGAGAAGGUCUGAGGCGUGGAAGUAUUUAAGAUGGCGGUGAGGGCCUCGUCGGGCCUCUUCAGGCUACCAGGCAUUCCGAACCCCAUCCAAAACCCACGCAGAGCCGUUGUUGACAAUCCUGAGCCGCCGCGACGACCUCUCAGAUCGCCAACGGGGAGGAAAUGCGGCUCUUCGCUAAGAGAACUGCUGGUAUGUGCUCGAAGUGACGAGAGAACUGGUGUGAUGGAUGACAGAGCACUUCAGCGAUGCCAUUGGCGAAGACCACCCAGGACUGCCGACCACCCGAGAUCGCAAUGGCCGCAAAAACUGGCCCUUGUCCCACAUUUUCCGGCUUAUGGGCUCCAAUUCCCAGAGACCGUUACGGGAGCGAGAGGGCCAAUUGGAGCAAGCCUUGGAGUGAAAGAAACAACUUCCAUUGUCUCAUUCCCAGACCAAGUCUUGGAGCUGCAUGCGAUAUGUUAUGAGGGAGUGCGGCCGUGCCUGCAAUGCUGGUUAUUUGCGGCAAAGAUCGAGCGAGCCUGGGGGGUGCCCCGGGUAGAUCCUGGUGCCAGUGCGAGGCGCACGACUCCCGCCUCUGCUGCUUGGACCUGGGUUUGCCGUCCUGGGAGUUGCUUGCUGCAGCCCAGCGCCAGUUUUAGUUCCCGGAGCUCCAUGACGGCAUGCUCGCCGACGCCAAAUGGGUUUUCUUCCAGCAAUUAAGAAAAUCUCGUUGGGAGAGACCUAACUUUACCAUCGAUGGGGCCAACUCAGGGCACCAAAUAGCCACUACGGAUAUCAAGUGCAGGAAUCGGACGGUGUCUGGUCUCGGAGUUGAAGUGAAUCACUCCCAACCUGAAUCACCCCAUCCAGGGUGAUGCGUGACCUUACGCAGGAUAUCCUGGCAAUUUUGGUCCAACAGUGACUCAACGGCCCCAA